AUGGCUUCGCCCCUGGCGCCCAGACGGGACCGUGCGGGCCGGGAGAAUCAGGACCGCUGGGAGGCGCGGGGGGACCGCAAGGCCCGGAAGCCGCUGGUGGAGAAGAAGCGGCGCGCGCGGAUCAACGAGAGCCUGCGGGAGCUGCGGCAGCUGCUGGCCGGCCCGGAGGUGCAGGCCAAGCUGGAGAACGCCGAGGUGCUGGAGCUGACGGUGCGGCGCGUGCAGGGAGUGCUGCGGGGCAGGGCUCGCGGGCUGGAGCAGCUACAGGCAGAAGCCAGCGAGCGUUUCGCUGCCGGCUACAUCCAGUGCAUGCAUGAGGUGCACACGUUCGUAUCCACGUGCCAGGCCAUCGACGCCACCGUCGCCGCCCAGCUCCUGAACCACCUGCUUGAGUCCAUGCCACUGCGCGAGGGCAGCAGCUUCCGGGAUUUGCUCGGGGACGCUCUGGCCGGCUCCCCGGGAGACACUAGGCGAAGCAGCUGGCUCACAGGAGGGACCCUGGUGUCCCCGAUACCCAGCCCCCCAGUCCCCAGCCCCCCAACCCCCGGGGACGACCUGUGCUCUGACCUAGAGGAGGCCCCAGAGGCCGAACUGAGCCGAGCAUCUGCUGAGGGCCUGGACUUGGUGCCCGUGGCCUUGGGCAGCCUGACCUCUGCGGGCAUAGUCCAGAGCAUCUGGAGGCCUUGGUGA